AUGUCUGGAAUGGAGCCAUCGUCGCCGCAGUCGCAAUCUUCCACAACAUGGAGCGGUGCGAAGAGAGUCUUGGAGCGGCAGAGCACCCGGGCACUGGCAUGGGGUGCCUCCAUCCGGGAGUACAACCGAAAGAAAGACGAAAGAAGAAUGUCCCAACAGUCAACAAAGAAGUCGCUAGGCGUGCGCGGGGCAGCUGCAGAAUGCCUUCGGCGCUGCUGUUGCUUCUGCUUUGAACCUGGUGAAGGAGAGCUGCCCCAAGCCGUUACGAUUGCCACUGACGUGGAAGACCUGAAGCAGAGCGUGCGGCAGAAACUGUCAAAGCAGACGUACUCGGUCAAGGACUACUACAAGUCCCAGGGGAUCUUUCAGAGGAUUGCGAGGAGCAACUACUUCGAAAACUUUACGCUCUUCAUCAUCGCUGUAAACUCCAUAUGGAUUGCCAUCGACACGGACAACAACGAUAAGACCAUCAUCACUGAAGCUGCAAUAGAAUUCCAGAUCGCUGAAAAUCUGUUCUGCGCAUUCUUCACCUUCGAGUGGCUUGUUCGAUGGAUGGCUUUCCGCAAGACGAGGUAUGCAAUCAGGGAUGCCUGGUUUGUCUUUGACACGCUGCUUGUCUCGCUGAUGAUUCUGGAGACCUGGAUCACGCCAGCCAUCCUCAGCAUGCUAAGCAUGUCAGGUGAGGGCAUUGGGGAUGCAUCCAUCCUCCGUUUGGUGCGGCUGCUUCGGCUGGCGCGGAUGACGCGGGUGGCUAAGCUCCUGCGUGCUUUUCCGGAAGUGCUGAUCAUGAUCAAAGGUAUCAGCGCGGCCGCCCGGUCCGUCUUCUUCACCAUCUUCCUCCUGGUCUUGGUAUUGUACAUCUUCGGCAUAGCUUUCACCCAGGUUUGCGCAGGGCCAGAUACGCCAAGCGACCUGCGAGCGAAGUUCCAAACCGUCCCCGAGUCUAUGCUGACACUGCUGUUCCAUGGGGU